CAUCAUUUGCGCGCGCGCGGGAGAAGGUGAAGCGUUGUUCAGAGAAGCACGCCAUUAUAAUCGAGCUCUUUUUAUUCCCUUUUCAUUCCACCACUGGCUUUAUUUCACCAGUUGAAAUGAAGGACAGUAAGAAUAGCUGUGCAUUCAUGGAGGGAUUCUGGGACACUGCCUCAGAUCUCGUCUCCUGCACCAACCAGACCAACAGCACCAACUCCAGCACAACGGAGGGCGUCAUCCUGUCUCCUUAUUACCAGCAUUCACUGCCGACGGCCGCGCUGUUCACGCUGGCGUAUCUGUUCAUCUUCCUGCUGUGCCUGAUGGGAAACGGUCUGGUUUGUGUGAUAGUCCUGAGGAACCGGCACAUGAGAACCGUGACUAACAUCUUCAUCCUGAAUCUGGCCGUCAGCGACCUGCUGGUCGGGAUCUUUUGCAUUCCCACGACAUUAGUGGACAACCUCAUCACAGGUUGGCCUUUCAGCAACACGAUAUGCAAACUGAGUGGUCUGGUACAAGGAAUGUCAGUCUGUGCGUCAGUUUUCACAUUAGUUGCCAUUGCUGUGGACAGGUUUCGCUGCAUCGUUUACCCGUUCAAGCCCAAACUUACGCUCUUUGUCGCGAAGGUAUCAAUAGGGACGAUCUGGCUGCUCGCGCUCACCAUAAUGUUUCCCUCAGUGUUAAUGUUGACCGUUGAGCAAGAAAAAGGCCAUUUCAUGGUUCACAAUGACAACCACAACCACACGUACCCGCUGUACUCCUGCUACGAGACCUGGCCCGACCCUGAGAUGAGGAAGGUGUACACGACGGUCCUGUUUGUGCACAUUUACGUGAUUCCCCUGGCGCUCAUCAUGCUCAUGUACGGCCGCAUCGGGGCCAAGCUGUACACCACAGCCAUCCUGGCCAGCGCCGAGCAGCACGAUAUUCCUUCGCAGGAGAAAUGUCCUGCGUCUCAGAGGAAGAUUCGAGUGAUAAAGAUGCUGAUUGUGGUGGCCCUGCUGUUCAUGCUGUCCUGGCUGCCGCUGUGGACGCUCAUGCUGCUGACUGAUUACGCCCGUCCGGACGAGGAUAAUCUGGAGCUUCUGACCAGCUAUGUUUUCCCUCUCUCUCACUGGCUUGCCUUCUCCAACUCCAGCGUCAAUCCCAUUAUCUACGGCUACUUCAACGAGAACUUUAAGAGAGGCUUCCAGGCCGCGUGUCAGCAGCAGGCUUGUUGCCGCAGCCGAAAGAAGAGACGAUUCAGCAUUAAACAGCCCAGAGUUGGAAGUCAGGGCUGUAGCCCGUUGAAUACGGCUGUUAGCGGCAAUCCGCUCAGUCUGGGCACACGGACGAACCAGAUCUUCACCGAGAGCGACCUUACAGGCUGCGUUCGCCUGGAGCUCGAGCACAGGAGCGUGUCGAUGGACACCAAGGCCGAAGGAGGAAAUAGCGGCAUGUCUAUUAAAAAGGAAAUUCACUUUCAAGAGAUUGAGAAAGCCGGCGGUAAAAUAUAUAAUGCCUGGGAGCUCUGAAUGCAUCAGACUGAUGCAUCAGAUUGAUCGGCUGACAAUUAUUGGCCGACAGUGGAUUAUAAACAGUCGCCGUCUAAAUUAACCCGGAUACAUUCAAAAACGCAUCUUGGCCUUCGGCCUUCCAUCCACACUGAAGCUAUUUUGCCGUAUUUAGGUACGUAGGUAUUUGAAAACGAUGAUGCAUGUUUGGUAAUGUGAUGCAUAUUGUACCCAUAGAUAUUUACACUCUUAGAAAAAGGUUCAGUUGUGUUCUAUAUAGAACUCUUUUAGAAUUUUAAAGAACGUUUCACUGGAGUUCUAUUCAGAACUCUAGGGUUCUUGACUCGAUUUUAAAGAACCAUUCAUUGGGAUUCUAUAUAGAACUCUAGGGUUCUUGACUCAAUUUUAAAGAACUGUUUAUGCCGAAAAGGUUCUAUGUAAGGAGAAAUGUCUUAAAUGAUUGCAUACUUUCAUGUUUAAUGGGUUAUUUCAAUUUUUUCUAGUUAUAAAGUAUGUUUACAUGCUGUUUAAUUCAUAAACUAUAUAUUACAAUUAAAAAAUGUAUUAAAACAAAAUGAAUUAUUUAAAACUAAAUCCAUAAAAUGAUCCCAUGAUGGGAAAAGGUUCUACAUAUGAAGCGCCUGAUGGAACCCUUUAAGAUUCUAAAUGGAACCUUUUCUUCUAAGAGUGUAUGGUUAUACCAGCAUUGUUGUCUGGCUAAUUUUCAUAGUGUUGUUAAAAAUAACUGUUAGUACAGUCUUCAUAUUGCAUUCCUGCAAAACAUGCGUUUUUUGACCAGACAUGGAAUGGCGACUGAGUGCGACCUGAACAUUCCAGUAAGUAGUAGGAUAUUUUAUUAAUAAAAUGAUUGUGCCAGAAGAAUAGCGUGAGAAAAUAUUUAAUCUUGCUACCAUCUUGGUGAGCUUUUAUGUUUUACACGUGAUUUUGCACUUUCCGACGUUUCAGUGUGGAGGAGCAACUUUUGGAAAACUCUUGAAAACGCUGCUCUGGAUGGAUAGCAUUUUAUAAUGAAAAUGCUGCUUUCAAAUAUAUCCAGAUUAAUGUAGAUAAAGCCUAAUGAAAUAGAGUAAAUAUUGUGAAAAAUAAGUGCUAUUUUGUGUAAAUCUCAUUAAAAUGUAUGUAUCAGCAGUGUAGCAACCAUCAGACAUCAUAAUCUGGUGUUGUGCAUAUUGUCAUUUGUAACAUUUGUACAAAUACAGUUCUGGUUAGUUUUAUGAACUAAUCAUGAGUGUUAAUUAGAGAAGAGUUUAACACAUGAUAUUCCUUAAUGAUUGUCUCUGCAUCAGAUUAUAAAUAUCAUCUGGCUGGAAACACAUGUGAGGCGUUUCAUUAUUUAGCCUUACGGGGGAAACGUGCGAGAGCUGACAUUUAAGGAGUGAAAUGAAUUGUUCUCCUUCACUAUAGGAAAACGAUAGACCUAUUGACGACGGAACCAUUUCCGAGAAAAUUACAGGAAAACUACAUACACCUGCAGCAAAUUACACCGCGGUGUUCCUCCCUCAUGGCUGAAAGUCAUAAUUUCCCAUGAGAGAUGAAGCCGCUUGUGUUCUUGAAUCUUGACCAGCAGGAAUAUGCUGGAAUAUGAAGGAUUACUCUGUUUACGUACCUGGAGACGAAAAUCGAAUGUCCUCAGAGCCGCCUGAACCUCAGAUGUGUUUUUAGUGUUUAUCUGAAGCUACACCUUAUUCUGCUGUCAUUUAUAUCCGAUUGAAACGCUUCUGAUUUUGUCUGUGGGGAAUUGAUUGGAUGGUUGUGGUUUGCUAUUGGUGGAUCUCAUGUGAGUGACAGGUUGCCCCACCCUCGUCAUCAGAGAAGAGAAGAGAUGCUGCAAGUUAUUCUGAUUCAAGUUUAUGAUUGAUUUAAAAUCAAUGUCCUACUUUUUUUGUUGUCAUUGUAUAACCCGUUUACCAAAUACGUCACAUUAUAGAAGUAAAUGAGCUGUUUCAUGUUGACUUUAAAUAUAUUCUUUGGCAAUAUGAGCUGAAAAUGUAAUGCUGAGUAAGAUUGAUUUAUAUAGGGCAGAAUUUCAAAUAUGAAAGUGAUUUUUUUAAUACACUUCAAUUUUGAUAUUACUGUGACAUGUGAAAAAGAAAAUGGCACAUGAAGUCAGUCAUUUAUCAUGAAACACUGUGGCAUUAAUCUGAGUGAAACUUCACUCUAUGAAGGACAUUAUGAGAUUUUCAGAUGGUUUUGUUUUCUUCUCAGUGUGUGCCUGACAGUGUGUGAAUAUCCAGCAGGUCACUGAUGUGAACCAUGUCACGCUUUUAUUUUUGGAUGUUGUUUGUCUUGCUGUUGUGUUACUUACAAGACUGACAGUUCAUAUAAGAGACCUUUAACUGAGGAAUAAUCGUCAUACAGGUUCAUUGGGUGUUUGCUUUGAUUAUCCAAAUGAUUUUAGACUCUUUAACACUGAAUUAUUUCAUGACGGUGGGAAAAGUGAUAGAUAGAGUCCUCACACUUUCAUUGUGAUUUAUAUGUACAUUUGUAAAUUGUACUAAAUUGUUUAAACUGAAGUUUAAAAUUGUGUGAUUAAUUGUAAAAUUAAAUAAAUCAUUGAAAAUAUGUAACAUUGCAGAAACGUUUGUGGUUAUUAAUUGAA